AAUAGCCAUAAAAAGGGAAGUCGGGGAAGGCUUUAGUGAAGGCUGAAGGCAGAUGAAAUUUAAUAAAGAGCUGGCUGAGGAUUUAAUGCAAAGAGCACUUGAACGUGCGUAGCAAGAAAGACUGCAUUUCCCAGUGGUAAUAGCGUUUGAGACGCGCUGCUUUCUGGACUUUGUAGGAGCUGCAGUUGAAGACGACCCUCCAUCGACAGCAUUUUUUAUUUAUUUGUUUUAGACAGAUUUGAGUUGGGCCUUUCUGUAUCUUUCUAAUCAACCCCAGGCCAAACGUAUGGAAGAAAUCCAAACGAGAAUACGGGGAUACGCUGCUUGCAAGACUGCUCUGCUCAUCGAUGACUCCUGAUCUAGGAAUAGUCUGAAGAGACAAGAACCCUGUUUUCUGAGUACUAACUUAAACGUUUUGGGGCGCAAGACUUGGGUGUACUCCCCGCCAUGGCUCAACUCCAGACACGCUUCUACACGGACAACAAGAAAUAUGCAGUAGAUGAUGUUCCCUUCUCAAUCCCUGCCACCUCUGAAAUUGCUGACCUUAGUAACAUCAUCAAUAAAUUACUGGAGGCCAAAAAUGAGUUCCACAAGUAUGUGGAGUUUGAUUUCCUUAUCAAAGGCCAGUUUCUACGAAUGCCCUUGGCCAAGCAUAUGGAACUGGAGAACAUCUCAACAGAAGAAGUUGUGGAACUAGAAUAUGUGGAGAAGUACACUGCCCCCCAGCCAGAGCAAUGCAUGUUCCAUGAUGACUGGAUCAGCUCAAUUAAAGGGGCAGAGGAAUGGAUCUUGACUGGUUCUUAUGAUAAGACAUCUCAGAUCUGGUCCUUGGAAGGAACAUCAAUAAUGACAAUUGUGGGGCAUGCAGACGUUGUAAAAGACGUGGCCUGGGUGAAAAAAGACAGUUUGUCUUGUUUACUUUUGAGUGCCUCUAUGGAUCAGACUAUUCUCCUAUGGGAGUGGAGUGUAGAGAGAAACAAAGUAAAAGCUCUGCAUUGCUGUAGAGGCCAUGCUGGAAGUGUGGAUUCUAUAGCAGUUGAUAGCUCUGGAACUAAAUUUUGCAGUGGCUCCUGGGAUAAGAUGCUAAAGAUCUGGUCUGCAGUCCCAACAGAUGAAGAAGAUGAAAUGGAGGAAUCCACAAAUCGACCAAGAAAGAAACAGAAAACAGAGCAGUUAGGACUAACAAGGACUCCCAUGAUGACCCUCUCAGGCCACACUGAAGCAAUUUCCUCAGUACUGUGGUCAGAUGCUGAAGAAAUCUGCAGUGCUUCUUGGGAUCACACAAUUAGAAUAUGGGAUGUUGAGUCUGGCAGUCUUAAGUCAACUUUGACAGGUAAUAAAGUGUUUAAUUGUAUUUCCUAUUCUCCACUCUGUAAACGUUUAGCAUCUGGCAGCACAGAUAGGCAUAUCAGACUGUGGGAUCCUCGAACUAAAGAUGGUUCUUUGGUGUCGCUAUCUCUCACCUCACAUACAGGCUGGGUUACAUCAGUAAAGUGGUCUCCAACCCAUGAACAACAACUGAUUUCAGGCUCUUUAGAUAACGUUGUGAAGCUGUGGGAUACAAGAAGUUGUAAAGCUCCACUCUAUGAUCUGGCUGCUCAUGAAGACAAAGUUCUAAGUGUAGACUGGACAGACACGGGGUUACUUCUGAGUGGAGGAGCAGACAAUAAAUUAUACUCCUACAGAUACUCACCUACCACUUCCCAUGUCGGGGCAUGAAAGUGAAUGAUAAUUUAAUUAUGGAGACUCUUCCCAUAAAUAAAAUUGGUAGAGAAGUAUCAGAUUAUUUAUACAGAUGCAAAAAAGUCUUUUAAAGCUUACAUAAUAUUUUCAUCCUUGAUAAUAGCUAACAUCACUAUCUUUGUCUUCUUUGUGUUUACAAAACAUGGUAUAUGGUCUGCAUUCUCUACCUAUAAAAACUCUUGAAAUUAUACUGUUUUAUAAUUUCUCUUUAAAGGCUGUGGUUUGAAUUAAGAUGUGCUUUUGUUGUUUUUUUUUGGAACUGGGGAUCGAACUCGGGUCCUUCUGCUUGCAGGGAAGGAGGUGGAACCACUAAGCUAAAUCCCCGGCCCAAUGUGCUUUUGAAAUACCAUGAAAGAAUGUAUUAUAAAUACAGUAAUCAGUUGUCCAGAUUUUUCUGUUUGAGAAAUUUGGGUUUUUCCAUUAGCUGUUUUUUUUAAAGCAUCUUGAAAAGACGAAUAAAAACUAUAAAAGAAAAAAAUUAGAACUCAAAAUUCCUUUUGGUAAAAUAAUGCUUAAUGAUAAGACUUUAUAGGCAUUCGGAACAUUAAAAGAUGUUGCCAAUUUAUUAAGUCAUUGAAAGCUGGGCAAGGUGGUGCACACCUGUAAUCCCAGCUACUCAAGGCUGAGGCAGGAGGAUCACAAGUUCAAGGGUAGCUUGGGCAACUUAAUGAGAGCCUGUCUCAAAAUUUUAUUUGUUUUUUGAGACAGGGUCUCAUUAUGUAGUCUAGUCUGGCCUCAAACUCAUGGCAAUCCUCCUGCCUCAGCCUCCUAUGUGCUGGGAUUACAAGCAUGUGCCACCAUGCCUGGCAUUCAAAGUAAAAUUUCGAAAAAGCAUGCAUGAGGCCCUGAGUUCAUAUGUCAGAUCUAUUAGAAAAAUGUGUACAAAUUUCAUGAUAACUAGGAAUUUUGUCUCUAACCUAUCAUCAUGGGUAUAUAAGAAUAAAUUUUUUAGACAAAGCCUGUCAAUAUUAAACAGGCUACAAAUUUAACAUUAGCAUUUGUUUUUAUGGUUAUGUUGUAAAUAUCUUUUUAAAAUAUGACUUCCAUCUUUAAUGGAUCAGUAUUCCUCAAGCAAAGGUCUUACAUCUUUAUAUGGGAAAUAAAUUUGGUCUUAUCACUGUACUGUAAUACAUUGUACUAUAUAUCUCAAAUGAUGCUCCUACCACAGAAGUCUGGGAAACAACAGCUAUGUCUGAUUGCAGUUGACAACUAAAUUAACAGUGGAUUGAACCAGUUAGGAUUUUAAUUCUCUUGUAUGUAGAAGUCCAGAUGCAGUUCAUGCCUGAAAUAGUGGACUUUUUUUCUGCCUCCUUUAAGGACAUAGGCUCCCUUCAACCCUAGGAUAUGGUCCUCAUUUUCCCAUAACCAAGAGCUAGAGCUCUGGUUAUCAAAACAUUUCUUCAAAUGUAUUUUAAUGCCAAAAAUUUGAAUAAAAGUAGCUAAAAUUCA